AUGCCCGCCGAAGUUGACCAAAAGCCCAAAUCUAAGCAUCGCAAAUCUACUUGCGCUGGUUGUCGAAGGAGAAAAUCAAAAUGCGAUGGGAAAACGCCCAAAUGCACGACAUGCAUAGCCUAUAAAGACAACUGCCAUUACGACAAGCCCCCCUCGCUCGCCUACGUGCGAUCGCUAGAGGAGGAAAUUCAGGAGUUGAAGGCGCAAUUGCGACAAGCCAAAACCCAAAGCUCGUUUCAAGGAAAUGGACUUGUCCAUCGGAAUCGUCAUGUCAAAUGGGAGACAGAUAUCAGUGUGGACGACAACGGGAGCGUCACAUUUCACAAUUCUACGUCUCCUAUCCAUGAGCCUCCCUCGACACAACCCCAUCAUUCCCCGAUACCUGCUGCCCAUGUCAACAGCAACGGCGAUCCCCAAGACGACCAGCGUGUGAGACGAGACCUCAUCUUAAAUGCCAAUCAUCAGAGGCAGAUCGAACCCUUUGCCAUUGCAAAUGGCGCGGCAAAGGCCAAUGUCCCCAAAGAAAUUUCGCAUGAAUUGCUCAAAUAUCACUGGUGCUGGAUGCAUCCUCUAUUUUUAUUCGUGUAUAGACCCGCCUUCAUAAGAGGCAUGGCCAUGGUGAACCUGAACACACCGGGAGCGCAAGAUCCUCCGUAUUUUUCAGAAACUCUGUUGAAGGUCAUUCAUGCCCAUUGCGCAAGGUUUCUGAAUCACGAUGUCUACCAAGACCAGAGCCAAAGCGUUCUCAAUCGACAGGGCCCGAUGGGGACCGCUUUGACCGCUGGAGAAUUCAUGCAAGAAAUGACAGAUGAAGCGCGAUUUGGCUUGGGAAUGGACAUCUUGAAGAACAGCUCGAUUCCUACCAUUCAAGCACUUCUCCAGCAAUCCGCUCGAGAAGUGGUGUUUGGCCGAUCAUCUCAAGCAUGGACGUUCGCAGGUGUUGCGUUUCGCAUGGCUUUAGACAUGGGAAUCCACUUACCCAGCGACAAACUUCAAUCCUUUGUGAAAAGUUUGACUGCCGAAGACAUUGAAAUUCGAAAACGUCUGUUUUGGAGUUGUUAUACGUGGGACAAAAUUCUGUCUCUGUAUCUCGGUCGCAUGCCUGGAUUCACCCCAGCCACGGAGGAAGUACCACUGACGUUUAUGGACGACUAUAGUGAUAGCGAUCCGUGGGCGCCAUAUUAUGGCGAAACACCUCGACCUGAACUGGCAAACGCACCCAACUACCCUCCUUGUCCCGGCUAUGUUAUUUCGUGCUUUCGGCAGUUAUGCAAAAUCUGCGUCAUUCUGAACGAUUUGAUGCACAAUAUCUAUUCUUCUGAAGCGGCAGCCAGACGGGACGUGGAGGACGAAGAACACUCAGCCGAGACCAAAGCGGCAAUUGAAGCCCCUUUUAUUCGAAUUUCACGCGAUUUACGAGACUGGCUGAUAUCCUUACCUCCCCAUUUGAGAAUCAACCCGGACCAAAUGCCGUCCUUGGCUCCUCCGGUUCACAUUAUGUCACUCAAUCUAUUGUACCAUACAACUGUCAUUUUACUGAAUCGACCCGUCAUUCUCGGAGCCCGCGACAUGAAUGCGCCAGGACCUGCUCGGGCAUAUCAGUUGUGUAUCCAAGCGACGGGAGCAAUUCACGACUUGAUAAUGUUGCAAGCCAAUACGUUUGGACUGUCUCACGUGUCGUAUUUAAAUGCGUACAGCGUUUACAUUGCGGCCACAAUCGCAGUUCUACGUUUUGAAAGGGAAUUUCAGCCGGGAGAAGAUCACGCGAUGGCCGCACAGAAGAAUGGCCUCAUUUUCCUCUUGGAUGUCUUACAAAAGGCAUCGAAUGCCAUGCCCGCUUUGGAACGAAGCAAUGCCAUUAUCAGAAAACGAAUGAAGGCGGUUCUGGAUCGACAAAAGACUCAAGCCCGACAAAGCUAUUCAAAUGGUUCGACGCCUCCGAAAUUCAACAUCUCAACUCCAACGAGUCACCAGAUGGAUCUCGCACAACCGACGGCAUUCCAAACACUUUCGAAUCCGGUUUCAGGUCAUUCGAACUAUUCUCAGCCCGACACACCGGGCUCAUUCGUUGCACCAAUGCCCUGGCAAUCAGGAAUGCGAUCCAGUCUCUAUUCUGAGCCCGCACGCGGAUCCGACGACUUUCUGCCUGCGUUUCCUGGUCAACAGUUUCCUGUUGGUUCUGAGCACAGUUUCGGGAGCGGUGAUGUCGAUCCUCACGCUCGAACGGCUCUGUUGGGCUACAAUCUGGACCCUCAUCCACGACUGAACUCCGGGGACAUUGAUUGGAAUUUCAUGGAUACCUUUGAAGGAAACUCCGUCCAUAUGUGA